GAAACUUGAAACUUGAACACAAUGUCACAGCAACAACAACAACAAGCUCCUCUCUAUAAUCACGAUUUAAAUUACAGGCAGCAUUAUAUUUCUGUAUGUAAAGUUUUUGAGCUCCUUAACAAUGGUUGUACUCCGAUGUCGUGCCAUCCAAUAUCCGAGCGACAAAUUGAUAUUUUAAAAAACCUUCCUAAAUAUGAGCUCAGGAUGGCGUACAAGUUCAUGUAUAAUAAUGAACAAUUGUUCAAAAAAUUCUUCCCCUUAUUUUGCUUCUAUUUUGGCAUACAAGGGGAUAGAAACAAGCUGCUGACUAUGGCCGACAAUUUAAAUCGAUAUCCUGAUCAUUUAGUCUUUUUGUUUGAUUUGCACGCCGGCCUAAUGAAGACCGGUCUAAACAAGAUGAAUGCUUGCCGUUAUAUUUUGACAAGAAGUUGCAAGAAUUUAACAGAUGAACUGUUUAUGCAGUUUCUCGCAAUUUUUGAGGGAAAUUUGUCAACAGAAAUGUGAAAGGAUCAAUGUAUACAAAAAAAAGAGUUUUUGUGGUAUGAAU